AUGGUUAAUUCCACUCCAGACUCAAGUUCUUCCUCCUCUCCUUAUACUCGUGAACCUUCAAGUCCGCUAUUUCUCCUUCCUUCUAAUGUACCGGGGGUGUCUUUAGUUGUUGUGCCUUUUUCUGGGACUAGUUUUGGGGGUUGGAGGAGGAGUAUGAUUGUGUCUUUGUCCACUAGAAAUAAAAUAGGUUUUAUCAAUGGGUCUUGCUCCAAGCUUGUUGUGGAUUCUCCCCAGUACAGACAGUGGGACAGGUGCAAUAAUAUGGUCAUAUCCUGGUUAGUCAAUUCCCUUUCUCCAGAUAUAGCUGAAAGUGUACAAUAUUCUGAAACUGCUGAAAGCAUAUGGAAACAAUUGAAUUAUAGGUAUGGGACUAUUAAUGGAACUAAGGUGUUUGAAAUAAAGAGAGAACUUGCAUCUAUUUAUCAAGGGACUCUCGACAUAGCUUCCUAUUUCAACAAACUUAAAAAACUCUUGGAUGAAUUGGGGGUUAUGUGUACCAGCCAUACAAAUUCUUGUGUUUGUGCUUCUAAGGAGGGACUCCAGAAGGAGAAAGAAGAGGACAGGGUUCACCAGUUCCUCAUGAGUCUUAAUGAGGUUUAUGUGGGGGUAAGAAGCAACAUCUUAAUGAUGCAACCAUUGCCAUCCCUUGAUACUGUCUACAACAUUUUGUUGCAAGAUGAAAAAUAG